AUGGGAAAGGGCAAGCCUCGUGGUCUCAACGCGGCCCGCAAGCUGCGCAACCAUCGCCGUGAUGGCAAAUGGGCCGAUCUGACUUACAAGAAGCGUCUUCUCGGAACCGCCUUCAAGUCCUCGCCGUUCGGUGGCUCCUCUCACGCCAAGGGUAUCGUCCUCGAAAAGGUCGGUGUUGAGGCCAAGCAGCCCAACUCUGCUAUCCGGAAGUGCGUCAAAGUCCAACUCAUCAAGAACGGAAAGAAGGUUACGGCUUUCGUCCCCAACGACGGUUGCUUGAACUUUGUCGAUGAAAACGACGAAGUCCUACUCGCCGGUUUCGGUCGCAAGGGCAAGGCCAAGGGUGAUAUUCCCGGUGUCCGAUUCAAGGUCGUCAAGGUGUCCGGUGUCGGCCUUUCGGCCCUAUGGAAGGAGAAGAAGGAGAAGCCAAGAUCGUAA